UCCGCUAUUUUACGGAAGUCCGGGUGGCCUCUCACUUCGGAGUUACACCAAAAGCGAAGUAAACAUGCGUCGAUACUCGAUCAACUGACGCGGAUUUGAGCUGUCAUGGACUGUUGAAGUUCACUCAGUGAGAUGGAGGAGAUGGAGGAGGAUGUUUUAGAUCUCUGUGAUGAUCACAAUCAUAAUUCUCGCGCUGAGGGUGUGAGUUUGUUCGCACCUGCGCAGGUGUGUGUGGAUUCAUCAGACUCCUGCAGUGACACCUGUGAAUCUGACAGCUCAUCUGCAGCCGCUUCUAACGGCGCCGCACUGCUGCUCAACUCUGCUUCAAAGUUCUUCGUGAAUGCAAUGACAGCAGAAGACUACAGGACGAUAUAUUGGCCAAAACUAGAGCGAGCCAUUGAACAUCUGCUGACUCAAAGUCCGAUGGACCACAUCUCCAUCUCAUAUGAACAGAUCUACAGUCACGUUUAUAAGUGUGUGUGCCAACAACACUCAGAACUGCUCUACAAUGACUUGAUAUGGAAGAUCACAUCUCAUCUAGAACACGUCUCUUCAGAGCUGCAGGCCAGUCCACCGGAAAGUUUAAUUGAGAACUUCAACGUUGCUCUGACGCAGUACACAGCUGCACUGCACUGCAUCGUUCCAGUGUUCAUCUAUAUGAAUAAGUUCUACAUUGAGACAAAGCUGAACAGAGACCUGCGAGAUGAUCUCAUGAAGCUCUUCUCCGAGCAUGUAGCAGAGAAACACGUCAGCACGUUACUGCCUCUUCUUAAAAAAGCUCAUUCCAUGCCAUUUCAAGUCAAACCGUCGACUAUGGCGAGUGUUGUGAAAGGCCUUAGCACCCUCCGACCAGACUGGGUGGCUCUCGAUCCAGCUCUGUUUUCUAGAUUCAUUCCUCAAAUCGACCCUCCUGCUCUUGAAUCUCAACUCCCGCAUUAUGCUGCUCAAGACAAGAAACUACAAAUGGAGCUCUCGCAGAAAGGCUUCUCCAGAGGAGACCAGUCGCGGAAGCGAGCGAGUGAAGAAUCGUGACAGUGAAGUGGAUUUUUACACUACUUCAGUUAUGCUGAAAAACAGAAAAGACUUUCUGUGGUCUUGAAGUUUCCCGACAAGCUGCUGCAAUUUAAAGGGAUAAUUCAACCCGAAAAUGAAAAUUAUGUCAUCGUUUACUCACCUUCAUGUUGUUCUAAAUCCUGUGUGACUUUCUUCUAUGGAGCACAAAAGAUGAUGUUAGGUAGAAUGUCCAAGCUGUUCUUUUCCAUACAAUGAAAAUGAAUGGGGACUAGGGCUCCAUGAAGAAAGAAAAAGCACCAUAAAAUCACCACUAAUGUAGUCCAUAUGAUUCAUGCACAAGUUUCCAAGUCUUCUGAAGCCAUAUGAAGCUUUGACGUUAUUGAUGCGUAAUCCAUCUUGUGCUAAUUAGAUUUGAGAACGUUUAACGACAUAAUACGUACAAGACUUAAAUUCUGUAAAGAGCAGCAUGAAUAUCUCCUUUUAUGUUCAACAGAAGAAAGGAAGGGAUGUAAAAAAAGAAUCGUGUUUUUAUUUCUGGGUGAACUGUUCCUUUAAGCCUAUGUAAACUAUGUAAAAUACACGUCUGAAACAGCAUUGAUGAUAAACUUCGUCUGAUACAGAGACGCUUUGAAGUUGGGAAUUCUCUGUUACUUUGAGAAUUUGCAAAAGCAUUAGAUCAUCACUAUUGCCUUUCUCAUUUCUCAGUUUGUGGCCAAUAAGUGUUUGAAUGGCACACCCAGAUAUACAGGAAAUAGACCUGUCUUUCUGCUUUCUCUGGAUUUACUUUGCACAGAUAUCAUUGUGUCUCAAGGCUGAUGUUUCAAAUAGAUGGGCCGUUAUUCCGCAAUAUCAGAGUUCAGAAUUAAUGCUGUAAUAUCUUGGUGAUGCUCUGUUAAGGUUAUAAUAACGCUGGAUUUCGUAUCGAAUAAUGGACAAUGGACAUAUUCAAAGUUCCAGAUUUUCCCUGCUUAUUUAGAGUUCACUACUAAAGAAAAGAGGUACAUUUUACUGCAACUUAAGAUAACACAGUUUUAACCACUUUUGUUCAGCACAUUCUACUUCUGCACCUAAUAAUGAUGUGCCUUUGGCACCUAAUAAUGAUGUGCCUUUGGCUAUUUGGCUUUCUUCCUUGCAGAGUUUAAGUGAAUAAGUUAGUACAUUAAUCUUGUAAUAUGACCACUGCAACUGUGUAUCUGUUUUUUCUUUUCUUUGCACAUCCUAAGAUGAAAGAUGAAAAAGUCCUAAUUGAAUCUGGAAUGAGGAUUGUGAGAAUUGUGAAAACCGCAUCGAUAAAAGUAAGCUAGGCUGCUAAUAAUUUAUCUGGAAUUAAAGCAUGACACUGAAAUAAUUAGGGGUAAUACUUUAUAAGUAAUGAGCGUAAUGUUAUAAAGUCAUAUUUGAAUGUACGUUAUGUACAAAUCUGUUAAGCAUUAUAUGAUGCUUGUUAAUGACUUUUAAAAGUGUUACCCAUAAAAGGAAGCACAAAGAA